AGUGGUACGACAGUGCAGAGUGGAGCGCGCUCGCCUCGCUCGCGCCUGUGUCUUCUUCUUUGUAUGCACCGCAUAGCGCGACUGCAGACCCAACUGUAAGCUUUCACUACGAGCCUUAUUUCAAUUUUUUGGGAGGAAAAAAUAGCGGGGAUAGAGAGAGAGAGACCAAGCUUGAGGACAAACCGCAAAGAAAUGCACGUUGCACGGUUGCUUUAACCACCAGAUAGCCGGCACGGAGACGCCUAUAGCACAAUCAUCCUUUCAGUUUUUUUUUUUUUAAUUCUUGGUGCUAAGAGAUUGAAGAGCUGCUUCUUGUCUAUUGCUUGUUGGCGAGGGUGAAUUUCUAUGCAUGUUACUUUUUUAAAUGCGUAAAAUGACAUUUUAUUAAUACAGCUGGAAGGAACGCAUGCAUGUACUGUACAUUCUAAAAAAUAUAUAUUUAUUUGUGCAAAUGCGGUGGGGUUCAGAGAGCAUGUAGCAAAUACUGAAGAUACUCUGCUGAGCUGAGAUUAGUAAUGGAUUGGUAAAGAAAGCGCUUGCAAUAAGGGAAUAAUAUGUGCACGGAAAAUACAAACCAAGCAUUUUAGUGCCUGUCCUGCAUGCACGUGGAUGCAAAAAAAAAAAAUGUCGCAAAAUGAGCCUUUGUGAGAAUGCUGCUUAACAUUAGAGGGAUGCGUUGGUACCCGGAGGUAGUCGUGUUUCUUUUAACAAUCUGCCAAUUAGACUCAAGAUGCACAGCACUAGCGGUGGAUCGUUCCAAAUUCAAGUUCCAAUUCUACUGAGCGGAACGCAAAACGAGCGCAACAAAAAUGUAGGCUACUGCAUGACAUUAUAUAAAGUUGCAAUUGCCGAUCGGAUGAGCACCGCCUCCCCAUAGUCCUGCUUCCUUGCUGCUAGCGCUCCCUUUGCAGCACUCGCUGUGCGUACUGUGUCGGGACUACCUUUGCUGAUGUUUGUUGCAGGCAACGACCAUCCUACUGAAGACGCGGGAGACGUCAGAUUUUGCUGAUCAUAGCAUCUUUGAGCCAUUUAUAGGAAGCUUUUGAAUAACGGGAAAGCGCUCUCUUCGGCAGCACUGUACCCCCCGUCCGCCCCCUUAAUGCUCCCUCCCGAAUGAUGCGGCGCUGAUUUACAGACAGGCAGCCCCGCAAGAGGUGCAGACCCUCCCGCUAGCCUCCCGAAUCCGGCGGGUUCUUCAGAUGCGGAGACCUUGUUCACAGACUUCACUGGUAUCUGGAGUGACUGUCGGUGGGAGGAAAGAACCACCGGCUGGGUGCUGAAAAUGAGCGUCCAGGAGAGUGGGUUUGUUUUAGGAGGCACGUCUUGAGUUUGAGCUCCAUUAAAUGUCUCGGGAGACCUUAGAUUUUUGGUUUCGGAAAAGACGCACGAUUCCAGAUCAGACAGGCCAUCGCAGUGCCAGCAUUGGAGGUGGAACCAGCUGCUGAUCCGGGGUCUGCAGCGCCUUCCUAGUGCUGGAGUAACACUUCCGUUUAUUAACCCGAGCAGAAAUCUGCGGGCUUGAUCUCCAGCCGAGAUGACCGUGGCCACUGGGGACCCCACCGACGAGGUGUCCACCCUUCAGGGUCACCCCCAGGACAUUUGCAACCCUGAGACUGAUUACGAGUGCUGCGAGAGGGUCGUCAUCAACAUCUCGGGUCUGCGCUUCGAGACCCAGCUCAAAACUUUAUCCCAGUUCCCCGAGUCUUUGCUAGGGAACCCCAAGAAGAGGAUGCGCUACUUUGACCCCCUGAGGAACGAAUACUUCUUCGACCGGAACCGGCCCAGUUUCGAUGCCAUCCUGUAUUACUACCAGUCCGGGGGCAGGCUGAGACGGCCAGCCAAUGUGACGCUGGACAUUUUCUCAGAGGAGAUCCGCUUCUACGAGCUGGGGGAAGAGGCCAUGGAGAUAUUCCGAGAGGACGAAGGCUACGUCAAGGAGGAAGAGAGGCCGCUGCCGGAGAAGGAGUUCCAGAGGCAGGUGUGGCUUCUGUUUGAGUAUCCUGAGAGUUCAGGGUCAGCCAGGAUAAUUGCUAUCAUCUCCGUCAUGGUCAUCCUUAUCUCCAUCGUCAGCUUCUGCUUGGAGACCCUACCCAUCUUCCGAAAUGAUGAGGAGGAAAGGCAGAGGGCAGCUUUCUACCGGAUGUACCCCAACAGCACCACAACCUUCCCCUCCACUACCUUCACAGACCCCUUCUUCAUCCUGGAGACCCUCUGCAUCAUCUGGUUCUCCUUUGAAUUCCUGGUGCGGUUCUUCACUUGCCCCAGCAAGGCAGGCUUCUUCAGCAACAUCAUGAACAGCAUAGACGUUGUGGCCAUCAUCCCUUACUUCAUCACUCUGGGGACGGAAUUGGCCGAGAAGCCUUCGGAUGGCCAGCAGGGUCAACAAGCCAUGUCCUUGGCCAUCCUGAGGGUCAUCAGGCUGGUUCGCGUGUUUCGAAUCUUCAAGCUCUCCCGGCACUCCAAGGGGCUGCAGAUUCUGGGGCAGACCCUCAAGGCCAGUAUGCGGGAGCUGGGGCUGCUGAUCUUCUUCCUUUUCAUCGGGGUCAUCCUCUUCUCCAGCGCGGUCUACUUUGCAGAAGCUGACGAAGAGGAGUCUCAGUUCAUUAGCAUCCCGGAUGCCUUCUGGUGGGCUGUGGUUUCCAUGACCACAGUGGGGUACGGAGACAUGGUGCCCACCACUAUUGGAGGAAAGAUUGUAGGUUCGCUCUGCGCCAUCGCUGGCGUCCUGACCAUCGCCUUGCCCGUGCCCGUCAUCGUCUCCAACUUCAACUACUUCUACCACCGGGAGACUGAAGGAGAGGAGCAGGCUCAGUACCUUAAGCCGACCAGCGACCCCAAAAUCCCAUCCUCUGAUGAGCUCAAGCAGAGCAGAAGUGCUUCUACAAUCAGCAAGUCCGACUACAUGGAGAUCCAGGAGGGAGUGAACAGAAGCGAGGAAUUCCUCGGGGACAACCUGAAGGCAGCCAACUGUGCCCUGUCCAACACAAACUACGUCAACAUCACCAAGAUGCUCACAGAUGUAUAACUGCAGGAGAAGCCUCGGGGGCUGGGGGAAGGAACAUGGAACCAGUCUCCUGUGUAGAGGGUUAGCAACGAAGGCGCUGACCCACUGCAGAGGAGAGCAGAGAAGUGCAGAGAGGAAACAGAGCCUGUGCAGUGAACCCACGAGCAUCACCACAGCCCCUCAACGUGACGAUCUCUCCUCCCAGCACUUCAUAAUACAAUCCUGCAGCAUGCAUGGGGUUAGUCUCAUCUGUGGGACGGUUUUAAUAGACUCACGGUAGCUAAAAAGUAGCAAAGAUUAAUCCUGACUCAUACAAGCCCUCCCAAUUCCCUCUAAAGAAUGUGCAAUACUAAGAUUUUCUUUUUAAAUCUCUUUUUCGGGAUGCGUAGAACUAAUCAAAUGAAAGGUCGUCUUAAUAAAGCAACACAACGCGAAUCAAAGCCAGCAGGCAUAUCAUUGAUCUCGAAAUUGCUGUAAGCUGGAGGGGAUGAUCAUAUAUCUCAGAGGAAUGUUCCACAUGACGUUAUGUAUGAGACACUUUGUGAUACUGUGAGUAACACACCCACAGUGGUGACGCCUGCUUACUUCACAGCUGCGAUGCGUUUCUCUUUGUAGUGCUGGAUUUGUAGGGAAGGCUCACAGCUUCUGUUUCUGGGGUGCCUGUGAGUCUGCUUGUGUGUCUCUUCACCCAGCCUCGUUUCAGAAGCUUGCUGCAUUGGUUAUGCUCACUGCAGUGUGCCAGGAUCAAGACCCAAAGGGAAGGAUGCUGGAAACGAGAGAGCGGUGAUAAAUCUUAUUUAAAACCCUCCACCCCCACCCUUCUCCUACCCACCCCUCCACCCCCUAGCCCCCCUGUUAUUUAAAGGGGAAAGUGAAGCAAGGCAUGCCUUCUUCAUUAGAUUUGUUAUGCAGCACACAGAUCUAACCACGUUAUCAUAUUGACAUUUUACUAACGGAGCAAACAGCAUUCCUAGCUCACUUUCAGGGUCACCAAAGAUUCAUUUACUGCCGCUGCCCGAACUAUUUAUUUAUUUAUUUCAUUUAAUAAUCUAAUUUCCAUUCAUUCUUCUAAUGCUGGGAAUAAAAUAAUAAUAAUAGUUUGAUGGGACAAAAAGUUUGCUUCCUCUACUGUGUUUAGCCUAUAGGACCUCUUAUAUUACUGUUUGCAUGACAUUCUUUGUGGCAUGCAUCUGUAUACUUACUGUAGAA